AUGUUGGGAAAGAAAGAGAAAGGAUGCAGGGAAAGGGAGAGAGAGAAAGGGUGCGGGGAAAGAAAGAGAAAGGACAAGGGGAAAGAAAGAGAAAUGGUGCGGGGAAAGAGAGAGAAAGGGUGUGGGGAAAGAGAGAGAGAAAGGGUGCGGGGGAAGAAAGAGAAAGGGUGCGGGGAAAGAAAGAGAAAGGGUGCAGGGAAAGAAAGAGAAAGGGUGCAGGGAAAGAAAGAGAAAGGAUGCAGGGGAGAAAGAGAAAGGAUUCUUGGAAAGAAAGAGAAAUGGUGCGGGGAAAGAAAGAGAAAUGGUGCGGGGAAGAAAGAGAAAGGAUGCAGGGAAAGAGAGAGAGAAAGGGUGCGGGGAAGGAAAGAGAAAGGGUGCGGGGAAAGAAAGAGAAAGGGUGCGGGGAAAGAAAGAGAAAGGGUGCGGGGAAAGAAAGAGAAAGGGUGCAAGGAUUUAGAAAGAGAUGAUACUGGGACAUUUCCUUUAGGAACAAACGAUAGAUCCAUCAGGGCUGUAGCCGUUGUGGAAAGUAGUACGUAUACAAAUAAUACUGAAAAUACAAUUCUAAAUUGA